CUUGUGGAGCAGACUGUUUCUCUAGGUGCAGCACAAAGGCCACUGGUGGUAUAGGAGGGAUCUUCAGCGCACGUGGUCACAGCUUCACAUAACAUGGAAUCCAAUUACAUUAGCUUCCUAUUGCUAGUGUCACAAAUUAUCACAAGCUUGGUGGCUUAAAACAACGCAAACUUAUCUACUACUGUUCUUGAGGUCAGAAGUCCUAAAUUAGUCUUAGGGGUGAAAAUCAAGAUGACAGCAUGGCUGGUUCCUUCUGGAGAUUCCACUAGACCGUUUCCUUGCCUCUUCCAACUUCUAAAGGUGGCAAGGCAUUCAGCAUUCCCUGGCUUGUGGCUACAUCGCUCCAAUCUCUGCUUCCAUUUUUACGUCUCCCCCUCUGUCUCCCUCUUAGAAGGACAAUCCUGAUUACACUGGGCCCACCUGGAUUAUGCAGGAUAAUCACCCUAUCUGGUCUUUACUUAAUCACUUCUGCAAAGUCCCUCUUACCUUGGAAGAUGACAAAUUCACAGAUUCUGGGGAUUUGGAAGUGGACUUCUUGGGGAGGGGUCAUUAUUCUGUCUGUCACACACAUGAUGAGAAAAAUCGCUCCCUUUUCAAUUCUCUUCAGUGCUUUUGCCUUCUCCAAGGAGAAAGUCCUUGGCUGAUGUGUUUCAUCACCUCUCUAACACUUGGCUGAUCUCACAUCCUAGCACAGAGUGAGCAAGCUCAGGCCGGUGCUGCCUCAGUUUCCUCAUCUGUAAAAUGGUGAUAAUUAUAGUACCUCCUAUAAUUGCUGUGAGGACUGGAUGAGAUAACAAGACAAGGAUUCAGGCUGUGCCCAGCAUGGUGUAAGCUCUAAAUAAAUGCUCAUUCUCCCUAUUUUAUUUAUGGAAAAUGAUACUGGUACUGAUGAUCCAUUCCCAGAAAUCGUAUGGAAUUUAUCUUUAAAAUAAAUUCAUUAAGUAAAAAAAAAAAAAACAACAACGAAGGAAAAGAAAUGUGAGAACCGAUUAAAAAAUUGUAAGUAAAUCAAAACUACAGGCACUGCACAAAGAUGGCAAAAUGAGAAGGGGUGUGAGCCUCAACACUGUGUGACUCUGACAGUGUCCCGCACACACACGCCCAGAACUACUGCCGUGGAGAGACUCGAUUAGCAUUUUCUGAAUAAGUGAAGGAAUGAGCUAUUGCCAAGCAUCGCUUCAGAGGCAUUUCCUGCAUUGUCUCAUUCAGUUCUUGCAACAGUCCUUUGAGGGAGGUGACCCUGGUUAACCUCAUUUUCCAUAUGAGCAAACAGAGGUUCAGAGAUUAAACAACAGCAAGGCACUCAGAAAAUAUAACUGGAGGAGCCCAAUUUGAAUCCAGACCAGUCCAACUGUCCCCCUUGGCUGCCUUCUAAGGCAUUUUGCCCCAUUGCCAACCCAGUUCCCACUAUUUCCAUCACAGUGGCGUUAAGGUGUUUUUCUCCAGGGGGCAUGUUUCCUCCUUGAAGCUGCUGCUGGUCCUGGGAACCUUUCUCUUUAUUAAAGGGGCUCAGAAACCCUGGGCCACUGACCAGAGAUGUCACCCAGUCUCUGCACUCUGCUCCCUGCCUUUAAAGAGUUGGCCACCAGAGAGCAGUGUUGGCCUAUGUUUCUCCAGCCUCAAAAUCACCCAGAAACUGGAGCAGCAGAGAGGGGACCCAGGAUCAACUCCAGCCUGGUUAAAGCCUGGGCCAGACUCCUAGAAGCCCGCACUUGGGGACAGAGAAGCCAGCCCAUGGCAAGCCCCCAGAGUACACUGAGACAGCGCUGGUGAACACUGCUACCCUGGCAGGACAGGAGGCCCAGAUAACAGCUCAUUGCCAUUCGCAGAGAACCGAUCUCUUUUGUCACCAUUUUACAGAUAAGGAAACCGUGGCACAGAUAGUUUAGGCUAGAAGCCAACUAGUCCCAGAUCCCCCCAUUCCCCAUCCCAACCAAUCCUCACCCUGUCAGGCUUCCAGAAACCUUGAAACUCAGGAGCUAUUGUGUUUCAUGUGUACUAAGGAACAGAGCCCGAGCAGCCAAGCCUGCAAAGGGGGAAUCCAGGGAAGGCAAGUAAGUGCACAAGCUCUGGGACGUGUAGCCCCAGCUGGUGGCCCUCUCCCCAGAGGCCUCUCCCCUUGCCCUCAGGCUCCCAGCCCCUGACAAGCGCUCACAUUCACGGAGCACGUGCUACGUACGUGCCUGGCACUUAGUCCUCAGAGCAGCACUGGGAGGGAGUUGCCUUUCCCCAUUUUACAGAUGAGGAAACUGAGGCCCAGGACAGUUGAUUGCUAUCUGAGGUGUUACCUUACCAAGGAGCAGAGUCAGGACUGAGACCUGGAAGUUUGGCUCCAGAGCUUGAGCUUCCUGCUCCCUGCCCUGCCCUGUGAUGCAGCAGCAGCCAGUUCAGACCCCCACCUGCCUCCUUGGCCUCUGGUUAUUCAUCCUCCUUGGCCUGUUUCUUCACACAGUCCUCCAACCCAUGAAAGUCAAGAUCAGAGGUGAUGGCCCCGGGACGGGGUGGGGGGGCCUGUGCACAUUCACCCUUUCUGCAGGCCUUGAGCCCGUGUGGGCUCCUAGAGCCAUAUGGGCUCCAGUGCCUAUGGCCGACUGCUGGGCACAUGCUCCAGAAGAGUGGCAAAGCCUUCCCUCCUCCCCCGGCAUUGCCCCCAACUGGCAAGAUUGUCCCAAGGUGAGAGCAAAAACACUGUGUGGAGGAGGAUAGAUGCUGGGCCUCCUGCCCAAGCCUCCCUGUCAGUAUCCGUCCUCUGGUACCCACGCAUUCCACAAUCACCCUCUUCCUCGUCAGCAGUGUCUGCCACAUCCUGGGCUCUACACCUGAUAUAUAUCACAUCGUUUUUCAUGCAAAAUGCACACGAGACAGGUUCUAUGUGCAGCUCCAUUUAAGAGAUAAGCAAACUGAGGCUUUGUGAGGCCAAGAAACAGAGCCAAGGUCAUACAGCUACCAAACAGCAAAGGAAGGGUUUGAACCCAGCUCCACCCAGCCCCAGAGUACAUGUUUUUCAUGUUCUAUUGCCUUGUCCCAAACAUCCUAAUCUGGGGCUCCGAAUAUAUGGUCUUUUCUCAUUCAAGAAGUGCUCCCUCUGGACUGCAACAUGCAAACUGCUGCUCCACAUCUCUGGUUGGCUCAGGCCCCACCUGUCCAACCUUUUACUGCUUCCCCUGAAGCCGGGCAGACCAUCCCUUCUCAGGCUUGCAUUUCCACCUCUGGGAAAUCUCAAAAAAGGCUAAAAUAAUUUCAUCUCUAAAAGGACCCUAGUUUAUAGAGACACUUGACUCUUUUCCUAGAGGCCCUGGGACGGAUCAGGGGGGCUUCCGGGAUAUAGCGCCCAAACCUCCCCUGGGGGUAGGACAGGCAGCUCCUGUUACACACCCCAAGGGCUGCAGCAGUGCUCCUGAAAUCAGGAAUGAAUGAGGACUCUGGGGAUGAGUUGGGUGCCCCUGGCCUGAAGGCCUGGCCCAGUUGCGAGGUGGGGGGAGGGCAUGAGAGACUGGGAUCCCCGGCCACCGGACUCCUGGGCCAGAGCCUCUGUGUGGGCAAGGCCUCCUGACAGGCUGGACUCUCUCUGAUCUGCAGGGGAAGGAACCGGGGCCCAGGUGCGAUGGGAGGGUUAGGUGAGUAUUCCUCAAAAACACCUCUAAGGAAGGAGACCCCGGCAGUAGGCAAAGGGCGGAACAAGGGGUCGGGAGACGGGGUCCAAACCCAGCGCAGCCGUGAACUUGUCAUGUAACUCGGGGCCCCUCUGACCCUCACCUGCAGAUGGCAGAGUCCAGCUGUAUAGUUGGUGUCUGCACUAAGUAUUCCUCCCUUUAUUCCUUCAUUGUAAAUCCCCACCUGCCAUACCAUCCCCCUGCCCACAUGCUGCUGCAAAAAACAAUUAACUGGAAAGGUAGCAAACUCAGUGAUGAACUGUACGUAUCAAAUGUAUACUGACUCUUCUAUAUAGUAAGUAAAAUUUGAGGGUGUCUCUAACCACCAUGUUAAAUGACUGACAUCGAUUAUAUCAUUGAAUGCUCACAGCAUCCACAGAAUUCAUAGCAUUAUUUCCAUUUUCACCUGAAAAAACUGAGGCCAAGAAAAGUUAAAUCACUCGCCAAGCUUGCACAGUUGUUCAGCGGCAAAGCUGGGAUUUGAACCCAGGUCCUCCCGAUCUCAGGGCCUGUGUCUGCUGUAUCUCUUCUACAGUGCCUCUUGCUGGCCUUUUAUAUCUAACCCCCAAAGAAAAUCACAUGUGUGCUUGCCUUUCUCUAAUCAUUUAAAUCGGAAACUAUAGAAAGCAACAACAAAAUAACAUCUAAUUCUCUAUCUUGAAGUAAUAAUGGACAGUUUUAUAUUUAUAUUUACAUGGUUCACAUACAUGUGUAAAUAUGUAUUUUUACCAAAAAAACAUGCUAUUUUGCAGCCUGUUUCUUCAUAUAUUUUUAGAACAUAAUAUUUUUUCAUAUCACUAAAUAUUCUACAAUCUAUUUUUCAUAGCUGCAUAAUAUUUCAUUGUUUGAAUGACACUAAUUUUUUUUUUUAAAACCAGUCCCCUAUGGUUGGACAUUGGGGUGAGUUACAGUUUGUUACAGCUAUAAAUAAUGCUAUGGUGGAUACCCCUGUAGCUAAUUCUUUCUCUGUUUAAUUCUGCAGGAUAAAUGAUCAGAACUGACAUUGGCAGGUUCACUGUCAGGCUUUGGAUCUGUACUGGUGAGCUCCAGUGUGACUGUCCUUUGAAAAGUCAGGGCCCUGCCCUCAGCAAGUCAGGCCUGGUAGAAAAACUCUAAACGAAAAUGCAGCCUCUUUCACUUUGCUCUUCGGAAAGAAAGUGCAAAGGGUGCUGACCCCAAGCCUCACCUGGGCAAUCAUGCCCUUUCUGAGCCACCUUUCAUUCGCUGGUUCUAUGGCGAGGACAGGGGGUUCCUCAGGGCCUGGGAGGACACCUCCCACCGAGGUGCCCGAACCCAUCCUCUGGGCACCCAGAUGCUGUUAAUGAGAUCCAUUUGAUGGCAUUUAUGUUUUCCACGUGUACCUGAUGUGGAGGAGAACAGAGACACAAGCAGGGAAGGAUUCCUGGGAAGCAUCUCCUCCAGCUGGGACAGGAAGCAGCCUCCUUCUUCAGCCUUGAAGACACAUGAGGUCCAGAGGAGGUGAGAGGAAGUUGAAUGGGGAGAAAGAAGGAAGUAGAGGCAGGAGGGCCAGAGGGAGGUGGUGACCAGAGAGGCUGGCUCAAACUUUUCUCCAAUCUGCUGAUCCCAAAGAGAAGUCUCCAGCUGCUGCUAAAACCUGCUCAGGGGCAGCUGCCUGCCCUCUGAGGAAGGGGACCCACCCGCUCCGCAAGCUGAGGGCCUGCCCUGGGAUGGAGGGGCGGCUGGGAUAAGUCAUCUCCAAGCCCACAGAUGGAGAACGGAGCCCAGGGAGGGGACGGACUGGCCACAGGCAGAGAGAAGCCGAACUGGGCUGGGGCACCUGCUUCUGGAGCCUGGGGCAGAGAUGGGGUGAGGGGAAUGGGCUGUGGUGGGCUCUACUCCUGGCCUCAGCUCCUGGGUCCCUGGGGGCCUCUGCAGGCUGAAACGUGAAGGGACUGUGAUCAGAUAAGGAACCAGAGCCUGCUUUGUCUCUACAGCCAGAAAGAAACCUGGAGAGUACAAGUUCCCUCUCAUUUUCCCCUGGAGUCCCAUUCACAUCCUCUUCCUUUUGCUGUUAUUUUUAGGAGCUCCACUGCCUCUUUGGGAGAAUCUGCAGGCCUUUCUCUGCCUGCCUGCAGUGUGUGUGUGUGUGUGUGUGUGUGUGUGUGUGUGUGUGUGUGUGUGUGUGUGUGUGUGUAGGGAGAUUGCCUAUAACUGCCUGUCCUUUUGAAACUGACCAGAGGUGCUUCUGAUUCUCCAGGACCAGCUUCUCUCCUGCAAACUCCAGAAGAUGUGUCUUCACUUCAAAAUACCCCAAAAUGUGGCUUCUCAUAAAGUGUCCCCUCCAAUCUGGGUGAGGUGUCAGGGUGAGAAGGAAGAGGGAGACAGAGGGGCUGGAGAAGAGACACAGAGAUGACAUGAGACAGGGAGAGAGAGACCAAUAGUGAAAGGAAGAGGGAGAGAAGCAGAGGUAGUGAGGACGUGAGUGAGAGGAGACAGAGGUAGAAAGAUCUGGAAACAAGCUCAGGGAGAGACAGAGAGACUGUAAGAAGGGAGACGCAAACAGCUCAGUGCAUAGAGAGAAGGGAGGAGACCAAGAGUGAGAUGCAGAGAGGAUGGGAGGAGAGAGAAGGAGAGUGAGAGGGUAGAAAACUCAGAAGGAGAGAAAGGGGAAAGGCAAGCUGAGACAGAAUGAAGGAGGAACCGGGGAACGUGCUGAGGAGAAAGAGGGGAGACAGUGAGGAGGGAGGAAAGGCAAAGCAGAGGAGGAGAAGACAGGCGCCCUUGUCCUUGUUAAUAUCCGCGAGGAAGCUGGCCGAGCGUGUCCUUAUGGGCCCUGCCGUGGCCAUGGCCAGCAGGGAAGUGCCCCUCUGGUGACAUGGGUGGCAGUCGAAGGAGGGAGGGGCAGGUCUGCAGCAGGUGGCCGCCCCUGGGUGGGGCCGCCAGCGGAGCCCUGGGGUAUAAGUGGGAGGCCCAGCCGGCUGAGCACCUGUCAGGGCCAGCUCCCCUGCGCAGGUGCCAGGCAGGUGGCUCCGGCCGAGCCCAGCCCCAGCAUGAGCUCCUUCGACCUCCCAGCGCCCUCCCCGCCCCACUGCAGCCCCCAGUUCCCCAGCAUCGGCCAGGAGCCCCCCGAGAUGAACCUCUACUACGAGAACUUCUUCCACCCCCAGGGCGUGCCCAGCCCUCAGCGGCCCCCCUCCUUCGAGGGCGGCAGCGAGUACGGGGCCACCCCCAACCCCUACCUCUGGCUCAACGGGCCGGCCAUGACCCCGCCGCCUUACCUGCCGGGCGCCAGCGCCAGCCCCUUCCUGCCCCAGACCUACGGGGUGCAGAGACAGCUGCUGCCCGGCGUGUCCGGGCUGGGGGGCGGCGACCUGGGCUGGCUGCCUAUCCCCUCGCAGGAGGAGCUGAUGAAGCUGGUGCGGCCCCCCUACUCCUACUCGGCGCUCAUCGCCAUGGCCAUCCACGGGGCACCCGACCGGCGCCUCACCCUCAGCCAGAUCUACCAGUAUGUGGCCGACAACUUCCCCUUCUACAACAAGAGCAAGGCCGGCUGGCAGAACUCCAUCCGCCACAACCUGUCUCUCAACGACUGCUUCAAGAAGGUGCCCCGUGACGAGGACGACCCAGGCAAAGGGAAUUACUGGACCCUGGACCCCAACUGUGAGAAGAUGUUUGACAAUGGAAAUUUCCGCAGGAAGAGGAAGAGAAAAUCAGAUGUUUCCUCCAGCACGGGCUCCUUGGCCUCGGAGAAAACGGAGCCCAGUCUCCUGGCAGGCAGCCCCAAGACCACGGAGGCCCAGGACAUCUUGGAUGGUGCUUCGCCGAGUACCACCAGCUCCCCAGAGAAGCAGCCCUCGCCGCCCCCGCCGGGAACCCCGUGCCUCAACAGCUUCCUCUCCACCAUGUCAGCCUAUGUGAGUGGGUCAAGCCCCAUGGGCCGCCCAGUGGCCACGCCGGGACUGAGCCCGGAGCCCGCUGACAAGGUGGGGCAGAACUUGCUGAACUUCAACUCCUACACCCCACUCACCAACUUCAGUGGCCACGCGGGCGGGGGUGAGUGGGCCAGCCCCACACCCAGCAAUGCUCUGGGCUACGGAGGCUCCGUCCUCAACCAGUUCAGCCCUCACUUCUACAACAGCGUCAACACAAACAGCAUCCUCUACCCCAGGGAGGGCACCGAGGUCUAGAAACACUACAGCUCCCGAGCCAGAUGGACACACUCGGGGUCCUCCAUUUCAGCAUCCAAGUGGUCCAAGACCUCCGAACUGCCCAGACAUACACAGGAGGCUCAGAGGAAUUCAUCGUUUUUCUAGAACAUUGUGUAAACCUUGUGUUUAUCACAUAUCCAUCCACAGACCCACAACCAGCUUUGCAGUAGAAAUACUGGUGCCUGCAUGACAGUAAUCAACUUGGCCAUUUAUUGAGCACUUACUAUGUGCUGGGUGCUUGCUGUACUAAGCUCUUUGAAGGCGUGAUCGUACUUUCUAUUUACAGCCACCUUGUGAGGGUCAUAUAAACCUCCCCAUUUUACAGAUGAGAAAACUGAGGCUUGAGGAAGUUAAGUAACUUUCCCAGGGUCAUACAAACUAGGAAGCAGCAGAGCCAGGAGUCAAGUCCAGGUCUCUAUGACUCCCAAAGUUUGGGCCAAUGAAGGCUGGGAUGGAGGAGUUGGUUGAGCAGCCAGGGAAGGUCAGUGUGGAGAGCUGAUGAGGGCAAGCAUAUGCAAAUCUCCCCACUGCCUUCUGGCCAUCCAUCAGAUUUAGCACCAGCCCUAGGCACAUCUCAUCUUGGUCCAAGUCCUCAUUCUAUGGCCCCCAACUUACCUGCCGACACUCCUUUUGCUACUACUCAAGGGAGAAGCCCAGAUCUGUGCCCCUGCAGGACGAUGCGUCCAGACUCUCCCCACAGAGGGAUGUUGCUUCCCCAGUCCCGCAGACCAUGAGCAGAGCAGGGAGAGGAGCAGUGUGCACCCCAAACCCCCCCCACCCCCUCACUGCCCACUGACAAAAUCUUGUAAAGCCCAGCUUCCUGUGUGCACGUCAUGGACCAGUGAGCUGGAGGUGGCUGAGUCUGCCAAGAGAAACAAGGCUGAAGAAGUGCUUCCUUUUUCGCAGCCCGGGAGGGGCUGCAGACCGCCACAGAGGGGUCUGUGCGUGCUGCUCCUGGAAUCUUUUUCUUGUUUUGUGUGUGCUUCACAUGCCUGUGAUGUUGCAUCACAGCACAU